UGCUCCUAAUUUAUAUCAUCACAACCCACAUCAAUUUCUCUCCAUCAAACCUUCAUUAUAUAUCUUCUUCUCUUCCUUUAAUUACUAUCAAAUUAAAAUAUCAAAAUUCUCGUGUUCAUUUGCUCAUCAUAGAACAUGGCCGAUAACAAGCAACCACAAUUAAAUGGUGCCUACUAUGGACCCGCCAUUCCACCACCAGCACAACCUCGCCCUCGCAGCCACCGAAGCAGAAGUUGUUGUUGCUGUCUCUUCAGUUUCUUCUGGAAGCUUUUAAUUGCGCUCAUAGUUCUUGCUGGCCUCGCAGUCCUUAUCUUCUAUCUCGUUGUACAACCCCGCGGCUUCAAGUUCUAUGUCGACGAAGCCAAUCUAACUGAAUUCGACUACAGCAACAAUACACUAAACUACAACAUGGUGCUCAACUUCACAGCACGUAAUCCAAACAAAAAACUCAACAUCUAUUAUGAUAAAGUGGAGGCACGAGCAUUCUACGAAGGGUCAAGGUUUGCCAAUGUUGAUGUGAUCACACACAUGAACUCAUUUCGCCAAUACAAGAAGAGCAGCAACCCCAUGAGUGCUGUUUUCUCAGGACAACAUGUUUUCGUGCUCGACAGCGAUCAAGUCUCCGAGUUUAACAAAGACAAGAGUGAUGAAGUUUAUGAUAUCUAUGUGAGGCUUUACUUUAGGAUUAGGUUCAGACUUGGGGAUUUGAUAUCGGGUGAUUACAAGCCUAAGGUGAAAUGUGACUUCAAAGUUCCUUUGAGUUCUAAAAUUAGCAAUGCAACAUUCACUAGGACCAAGUGUGAUGUUGAUUUCUACUAAUGUCAGCAUCUGAUCGUUUUCUUGGCACAACAGUAUUCAUAAGGAUUUGAUUUCUUUACGGUUUUCUUCAUUAUUUUUUUUCUGUACGUGAUAUUUGUUGUUGUUCUAUUCAUUCUUUGGUUGUACAUAACGAUCAUACCUUUAUAUGCGAUAAAUAAUUAUUUUCAUUAGUUC